AUGGAAUACGAGCCUACUCAAAAUUUAGUUAAUGAUUUAUCACAUUUACUUAAAGAUACCAGCAAUUGCGAUGUAAAAAUUAGAGUUGGAAAAGAACCAAAUAUUAAAGAAUUUAAGGUACAUUCUUUUGUCUUAUCUUCUAGGUCAAUUUAUUUUAAAAAAGCAUUUUCUGAAAAAUGGGCAAGGAAGGAAAAUGAAUUUUUUAUUUCCAAUCAACCUAAUAUUUCUCCUACAGUAUUUGAAAUUCUUAUAAAUUAUAUAUAUUUAGGAACAUUUUCUGUUGAUAAUAAUAAAAUUAGUCUUGUUGAUAUUUUAAUUGCAUCCGACGAGAUCGAAUUACUUGAAGUUUAUCGACAACUUGAAAAACGUUUACUUGAAAAUGAAUUGGCUUGGAAAUUUCCAAAAGAUUUUAUUACACUUUAUCACUAUCGUGAUCGUUUCAAUAAUUUAUAUGAAGUUAUACUAGAAUUAGUGUGUAAUAAACCUGAAAUUAUUUUUAAUUCAAAAGAAUUUUUUAAAAUUGAAGAAGAUUGUCUAAUUCAGCUUUUAAAAUGCAAUAAUAUUAAACUAGAAGAAAUUGAAAUUUGGGAUUAUCUAAUUAAAUGGGGAAUUAAAAAUACUGAUUCUAUUUCAAAUGAUAAUUUAAUUAAAUGGACUUCAAUGGAUUUCAGAGAAUUAGAAAAAACCUUACAUAAUUGUAUACCUUACAUUAGAUUUUCUCAAAUGUUUCCUCAAGUAUUUAAUAUAAUUAGAAAACAAUAUAAAAGUAUUCUACCAAAAGAUCUUGUUGAUGAUGUCCUACAAUAUUUUUCAGAUCCUAAUUCUAAACCUUUAUUAAAAAAUUUACCAUUAAGAGUAUCAGUAUAUCCUCUUAAUUCUAAAAUAAUCAAUGCUAAUGAUGCAGCAAUAGUAGCAAGUUGGAUUGAUAAGAAAAAAGGAAUUCCUUAUCGUUUAAAAGAUAUACCUAUUAAAUUUGAACUUAUUUAUCGUGCUAGUCAUGAAGGAUUUAAUACUAAUAAAUUUCAUGAAUGUUGUGAUAAUAAGGGACCAACUGUUGUUAUCAUUAAAGUUCGAAAUUCAGGAGAGAUAAUUGGUGGAUAUAAUUCGUUAGAUUGGCGUAGUGUUAAAUAUAAAGGUUCACAUUACAACCGUUUUUAUAUUGAUCAUAAAUGUAAAACGUCAAAUAGCUUUAUAUUUUCAUUAUUUUCAUCAACAAAUGGAGUAAAUCCCGUGUUAAGCCGUGUCACUUCUAAAAAAGAAGCAAUUAUCUGGUGUAAAGACAAAGGACCGUGCUUUGGUUUACAAGAUUUAUGGAUCAAUAAUAACUCAAUGUUCGGUAGGAGUAAACAAAAAUAUUACAAAAAGAAAAUUAUUAAUAGAGAAACCUUUGAAAUAGAAGAUUAUGAGUCUAAUUAUAGGAUUGGCGCAGAAGCGAUUAAAUCUUUACAUACACUUUUUGUUACUGUUAUUCAAGGCCAUGCUGAUUCUUUGCAACAACCUGUGAAGGAGAUUUAA